AUGCUGCGACUCGACGGAAAAGUAGCCCUAAUCACCGGCCUCGGCCAAACAAGUGAAGAAGGCUGGGGCAUCGGGGCCGCCAUCGCAAUGAAGCUCUCACAGCAAGGGGCACUCAUCUUCGGCGGGAACCGCACAGCAGCCGCAGCCGCAAGAACCAAGACACGAAUCGAAGCCGAAGGCGGCAUCUGCCACGUCCAGCAAACAGACGUUACAGAUUCCGCGUCCACGAAAGCAUUAGUAGAAGCCUGUAUUGAACGAUACGGCCGCAUCGACAUCCUAGUGAACAACGUGGGUAAAUCAGAGCCCGGCUGUCCAGCAACCAUGUCAGAGAAGAUCUGGGACCAACAAAUGGACCUGAAUCUGAAAAGCGUCUACCUGACAACCCACUUUGUCCUGCCCAUCAUGGAGAAGCAAGCGAGUGGCGGCACGGUAAUCAAUGUCUCGAGUAUUGCGGGCUUGCGAUACAUUGGAAAACCCCAGGUGGCUUACUCGGCUGCCAAGGCUGCUAUUAUGCAGUUUACUAAAGCUACUGCGGUGAUUUAUGCUGAUCGGCGCGUCAGGUUGAAUACCGUUGUUCCGGGUUUGAUCUAUACGCCUUAUACCCGUGACCUUGCUAGACGGUUUGCUCCUGGUGGUGAUGAAGAUGGGUAUAUGAAAAUGCGGCAUGAUCAGGUGCCGAUGAAGAGGAUGGGGGAUGCUUGGGAUGUCGCUAAUGCGGUUUUGUUUCUUGCUGCGGAUGAGUCACGGUAUAUUACUGGCCAGGAGCUGGUGGUUGAUGGUGGGAUCACAUCCUCGACGGGACGAGUGUAG